CGUAGACUACGCAAGAGCCCUAGUCGCUGCGAGCGAACGAGGAAGUAGUAUAGUAAAAUUGAACCUCGCCGAGACAGAGGAACAUGGAGUUGAAGGGAGCUAACCUUUACACUAGUUACAGGUGUCACCAUUUUACAACACAGUGACAAUUCAGUCCCGAGAGCCGUUGGGAUUUAAAGGAAUGUCUGGGUAACAUUGUUUUGUUAUGUGCCUUGGCACGGAAUCGGUGCCACCUCGUUGGUGAGGUUUCAAUAGGAAGACGCAGAUACGGGCAGACAGGUGCGUAUGGACCCAGUCUUUUCGACAAUUUCGUUUUCAACACUUACUGCCCGGGAAAUAACCUACAGUCAUGGAUACCAAGGAGAAUAAAAUGAGGAAACAUGCAAUGAAACCCAAAUCGACGAAGCGCAAAGAGAAGAAAUAUAAAACCACAAAGAUUUUCAGGCGAAAAUCUUUGAAGUCCGUUGGUAAUUUUAUGAGCAGGGUAUUGAAAACUUUGGGAACUUUGGCACACUUUGGAGACGUCGAGCCACCUGACGUUGAGGAUGAUGAUGGUGGUUUCAAAGAAAGCGGAGCAUGCACGUUGAGUGCCACCUCAGGGAAUUUUAAGGAUGAACUCCAGGUUUCGAGGGAUAAUACUAUGAAGAAGAGCUGCACAGUGUCUUCUCACGGAUCUAUAAAAGACAGGCUGUCCUGGUGCUAUGGCGACAAAACUCCCGGGGUCCUUGGUUUGAAAAAUCAUGGAAACACCUGUUUCAUGAAUGCCGUGGUUCAGUGCCUCAGUAAUACAGACCUUCUUGCGGAAUAUCUUGGUUUGGAACAAUAUAAAUCAGAUUUGUGUCAAAGGAGAGUAAAUGGAGUUGUUAAAAGCGAGGACGCGCCAAAUGCCAGGGGUGAGGUUACCGAACAGUUGGCGUCAUUGGUGCGGGCGCUUUGGACCCUUGAAUAUACGCCUCAGCUGUCAGUGGAAUUUAAGAGUAUCGUCUCCAAGUACAACUCCCAGUUCCGGGGGAACUCGCAGCACGACGCCCUGGAGUUCCUCCUGUGGCUGCUGGACAGGGUCCACGAGGACGCCAACCCCAGCUCCAACAACCACAGCAGCAGCAAGGCCAAAGCCUCUGUCAAGGGCCCAGUUGGAGAAGACGCUUCUGUUUCCGGCCCAGCUAGCACAUAUCAGCCUGGGACACGGCACAGCUUCGUCCAGGAACACUUCCAGGCACAGUACAGGUCCAGCUGGUACCACCACAGCCUCCCCUCCUCCCCCUACACUUCCGGGCCCGAGGGUCAAAGGUUACCGCCGUCCGGCACGCUGUCCUCGGAGUUCCUGGACCAGGGUGGCUCCACUAAGGUCCUCCUCCUGAUCUGCAACACGGCAGGUUCUAGCCAGCAGGCUGUCAGGUUUGGUCCUCCCUUCCAUAUGCGAGAAGACAGGACCAUCUCCUGGGACCAGCUCCAGCAAAGUAUCCUCAGCAAACUCUAUUAUCUGAUGCUCAAUGGAUCCCAGGCACAGAAUGCAGGGGUGCUGUUCAAGAUACGAGUGGUGGGAGUGUCUGCGGCGUACAGCUACCUGUCUCCACAGGACAGUCGGCCGCUCUACCACCCUGCCGUGGACAGAGCGCUGAAGUUCACGGGCCCAGGCGGCCCUCCUCACGUGAAGCUUGUCAUCGAAUGGGACAACAAGAUUAAAGAAUGCCUGUUUGGGAACAUCCAGGAGGAGGUGGUGAAGGAUGCAGAGAGCGUCAGGAGCCAGCAGCAGCAGCACCUGCAGCAGCACAGCUGCACCCUGGACGAGUGCUUCCAGCUCUACACCAAAGAGGAACAGUUGGCGCCGGACGACGCGUGGAACUGCCCUCACUGCAAGCAGCCGCAGCAGGGCAUGGUGAAGAUGAGCCUGUGGACUCUGCCCGACAUCCUCAUCCUCCACCUCAAGCGCUUCCGCCAGGUGGGCGAGCGGCGCAACAAGCUGUCCACCCUGGUGCGCUUCCCCCUGGCCGGGCUGGACAUGGCCCCCCACGUGGUGAAAAGGAGCCAGAGCACGAGGAGCCUGGGGCCCUGGCCCCCCGCGGCCUGGAAGCAGGCCCCCGGCGCGGCCCCCCAGCACCCGGAGAUGGGCCUGCCUCCGAACUACCUGUACGAUCUGUACGCCGUGUGUAACCACCAUGGAGGCAUGCACGGAGGACACUACACAGCGUACUGCAGGAACUCUGUGGACGGCCAGUGGUACAGUUAUGAUGACAGCAGUGUGGACCUAGUGCCUGAGGGGGAGGUGUGCACCCGCGGGGCUUACAUCCUCUUCUACCAGAGACGCAACGUCAUCCCCCCCUGGUCCGCCAGCUCCUCCCUCCGAGGCUCCACCAGCUCCUCCAUGUCGGACCACUGGCUGAUCCGCCUGGCGGGGGACAGCAAGAGGGGCAGCCUGGUGUCCCGGUCCUCCACCACCUGCCCCUCCUCCCUCCCCGACUCCCCCGAGUCCCCCGUCUUCCUGGACGACCCCCCCAAGGAGGAGAAAGGUGGUGGGGGUGGUUUUGAGACCCGGCCGUUCGUGCGCGGCCUCCAGGGCCGCAGCGUGAGCAUGAGGACCCCCACCAAGACCAGGGACACCCUGAGCAAGGUCCUCCCCCUCCGCUGGUCCUUCGGCUCCAAGGACCGGCGGAAACCCUCCCCCGCCGACCCCCUCCCCGACACCGGGCCCGCCCCCGCCGAGCUGGUGGAGUACCUGGAGUCGGGACGGCGGCCGCGCUGCACCAAGGACUCCAUCAUCACCCUGAUGGCAGCGCCCCCUGGUGGGAAGGAGGCCCCCAUCGGUCAGAAGGCCCAGAGGGCUCAGGGGGUCAGUUCCUCCAGCAUGGGUGGUCUCAGCUGUGUGGGCCGGUCAGUUGAGGAGCCUGACUCACCACAGAUCCCAGAGGGCCAGAGGAGGCCGGCGUCAGACAGGACUCCGAGCCUGAGACGCAGCAGCAGCAAAGGCACCCAGCCCAGGGAGGACGUCCCCGCUCUCAGCACCAGCAGCACCUCCAACACGCUGACCCGGAGGAGCACCACCAAGAAGCCCAAGCAGCAGGACCAGCAGCCCCAGCACCAGCCCCAUCACCAGGAGGCCCGAUCCAGGAGGAGCUCCGGAGCCGACGGGGUCCAGCACAGCUCCAGCACCCACAGCCUCCGCGACGGCACCCUCCGGAGGGGCAAGGGCGAGAGGAGCAACCCUCCGUCUCUGGACCACCUGGCGCCCCCUGGCGACGGAGACAAGCCCCGGAAGGGGGAGGAGUCCAAGAGCCACGAGGGGCUGCUGUCGUUCUUCAGGGGGAGCUUCCUGAGGAAGGAGAAGGACGUGCGGAGGGCGAGGGAGGGCGAAGCGGGAAAGGGCGGGGAGACGACGAGCCGGACCAGGAGCUCGUCCCGGGUCUCGCUGUCCAACGGAGCGGCCAGCGGCGGGAUGUCGUCGGAGGGGAGGACCAACGGCGGCCCCCACCACGGAGGCGCGGCCCGUCUCGGCGACGAGCUGGCCAACGGCAAGGCGGGCCGCGGCACUGCCGCCGCCGCCGACAUCAAGCGCUCCCAGAGUUCCUCCAACAUCCCCAGCAAGGCCGAGCAGAGCAUGCGGAGGACCGCAUCCUUGCACCGCAACGGGCUGGCGCCGGCGGCGGCGGCACCCGCACGGAGCCUGACGGCGGACAAGCCUUCGUACGGCACCCUGCAGAGGACAAGAUACAGCACCACCUCCCUAGGCCGCAAGAGGACGGUUCCUGAGUCCAGCUUCUAACAAACACACACAAACACACUGAUACACACUCACGAUCGAACACUAUCCUUAUACACGCAUUAACUCACGAGCUUAACACAAUCACGUACACACUUAGUCUCACACUGACACCCUCCCAGAUCAAAGCAAUAGUUUUCGAGCCCAGCUAGAGGUCCACCUAACGCACAGGCUUGUAUAUAAGGUGGCGCCCUCUGGUGUCGUGGAGGAGUGCAGUGCAGGUGAACAAACACAAGCAGAGCCAAGAAAUGGUGACGCUCAACGUCCCGAGAUGAACGCGAAUGAGCACUUUCGUUUUUUGUUUACAUUCUUUCUAUUGUGACUGUUAACAAGUGCCUGAGAAAAACCGAUAUGCAGUGUAGGCCAAUGAGUUUUGGGAUUACCCGUUGACAAUUGAAAACACACAUCUCACCCACACACUCUUUUACUUGCUACACGACUCGUGUCUUAAUAGCAACGCGUUAGGAUGACUUUAGCACCUAUUUACCGAAUGAAUAAUUGUCCUCGCAAACGUUAUCUCUCUCCCUCUCUCUUUCUCUCUCUGUAUUCCAAACACAUGCUGAUGCGGGAGUCAGGUGGCUGAGCGGUUAGGGAAUCGGGCUAGUAAUCAGAAGGUUGCCAGUUCGAUUCCCGGCCGUGCCAAAUGACGUUGUGUCCUUGGGCAAGUCACUUCACCCUACUUGCCUCGGGGGAGAAUGUCCCUGUACUUACUGUAAGUCGCUCUGGAUAAGAGCGUCUGCUAAAUGACUAAAUGUAAAUGUGAUUGUGCCCACUUGUCGUGUUGAAUGUUGCGUUACCGCCAAUAUCCCUAUGGCGGCUUUCUGAAGCGAUUGAAAGUACAAAACGCCUGAAGGCAUAAAGGGUUUUAUUGAACCUAAUGCUGGCUACACACCACAAGAUAAUGGUGCUGAUUUUGGGCCGAUUUCCCCCUUCCGACAAUCCUAGUCAAUGUCCCGACAAUCCUAGGUAUCGUCCCGAUUAUCUACAGAUGAUUUGAUCAGAUUUUCCCUUGGUGUGAGGUGUGUUAAGAGUGACCGAACUUGCUCGGAAGAACGUCGGAGCCGCCCCGAUCGCGAAAUCUGAAAUCCUGAUGUGUAGGGGGGAACCCCGAGGACAAACACCACACACUAUAGGAGCAAAACGGUUCAAUCUAGGAUUUUUUUGUCCUCGUGUUUGUGGUCUCUCACAUUUUUUUAAUCUUCAAAGAUUCAAAAAAUAUUUUAGUGUGUACCCAGCAUUAGGUGACUAGACUUCUAAUCUAGACUCUUAGACUGAACCAUGAAUGAUUAUACUCAGUUGCAGGUGCGUGUGAUUACCCUGCAAACUGGCUGCUAGAUAUGUCACAGGUGUUUCAUGCAAAUGUUAGAUCACAGUCUCAAUGUUAUGAUGUUGCACUUUGUGUCAUGCACACACACACACAGUCUUAGUAUGUGGUACAAGACUCAAAGGUUUUCCUGUCUGAAGGAAUCAGACCUAUUAAUUGGCCUUCGAUGUUUGGACUGUUGUUUGAUCAGUAGAUAUACAAGAUAGACUUUUCCUAUUUAGAUUAGACACGAGAGAGAAGAUAAGACACACAUUGAUAGGCUGGUACGCAUAGUAGCAAAGCCUGCGUUACUAUGGCCAACAAUAGCCUCCUCAUGUAAAGCUAAGUACACGUGUCAUCUGCUCUUACCCCCCCCCCCGACCUCUCCACCCCCCCCCCCCCACACACACACACACACACGCACACUGCUGUGGCUCAAUGGUCCAGAUCUCACACCCUCACUCUCAUCUCUCCUCUUCUGCCAUCGCAGAUGAGAGCUAAUCUUGGCUCCAAUUAGCUUCUUCUCAACAUGCAGUUUCAUCUGCAAUCUGUUCGCCUGCUGAAGUACUUCUUUUUUUCUGAAACAGCGUUUUCAUUCAAGUAUAGGUUUAAGUAUAAAUACUGCACCCUUUAAAUAUGGGUUUGUGGUCAAGACAUUGACCAGUUAGUUAACUGAGAUGUAACGAUCAACCGGUGCGUGUGUCACCGCUUAAACACACGUACAAACACGCGCACACAGUCCCUUCGCCUGUACCACUCUCACCCAGUUCAGAGUGAAGAAGCAAUAAUAUAUUUGAAUGUCUUCUCACCGUCUUGGUUCACGUUUUUGCACAUUUUUCUCAAGUGCUGUUAAUACUGUAUUAUGAAUCAAUGUAAAAGCUUCAUGUUCUAGAGUCGGAUGUUAUAUGGAAGAUGUAUAGUACCUUGAUGCCCCAUCGUGAUUGUGGAAUGGUACUGAAGCCGUGUAGCCACAGUCUCUUGAGGAUCCACACUGUGACAGACACUGCAAUAUUGAAACCUUUUCACUCUCCAUGUAUUAUAGCCAAAGCACACCAGCGCAUUGGCAUUAUUACUAGAUGAUUAUAAUAUUAAUAGAUCCAAAUAAUAUCCGAAUAGUAGCUUUGGAGAUGAGCAGAAAUGUCAUGUGUAGGAUAGGCUUGAUUCACUAUAGCUUUGAUCCACGUGGUUUAGUGGAAUUUUGAAAUCAACUGCCUAUUGAAAUGAUGUUUUGGUCUUUGCAGCCUUAAACAAUAUGAUAUCUUCAUCGUCCAGGUCAGAUCGGCCAUCUUAGGACAGCGCUUUGCAAAGAGAGACACAGACUCUGUGUCAAUGACCUUACUUGAUGACUCAUUUACUAUGUCGAUCAUAGGGGAAACUGUUUGGCUUAGCUGAGACACAAAGUCUGUAAAGGUUCAACAGUUAGUCUUCUUUGUUUUUUUUCCCCCAGUAGAUCUAUAUAGUCUAUAUGCGUACCUGUCACAAAGUUUACUGUACCAAACUGAGCACUUGUAUAGAAAAAGAGAUAUAGAAAGAAAGGAUAAUAAUACCAUAAAUGAAGGAUGUAUGUUUCCAGUUCUUUUGUGAAAUGUGGGAUGAAGAUGUUUUAUAUGCAACUUUUCUACAUUUGAUAAAGGCUUUGUAAAUAUAUGAAUAUAUACAUAGAUAUAUAUGUACAAAGGGAGAUGUAGAGGCCUCAUAGAAAUGGCCAGUAAUGGACUUAUUGGGUAACCAAGGGCAACACACAAGUAUACUAGUAUCCUAUUUUCCCAUCUGUGCUCUUCACCAAGGGGGAAACACAGCAUACUAUUACUGUUAAAUAAGAACAAUGGUUUUUAUCUACCUAAUAUCUCUUCAAAACAUGAAGGAAUCUGUUUUAUUUUUCAAUACUUCAAAUAAAACACUCUUUAUCACAA